AUGGUUCGCGUCCUCAUCACCGGUUCUUCGGAUGGCCUCGGCUUGGAGGCGGCCCGUCAAUUGAUCCAAAAGAACCACACCGUCUAUCUUCAUGCGCGCAACCAAGAGCGGGCCAAGGAAGCCCAAGCGAAAUGCCCCGGCGCCGCGGGUGUGUUGAUCGCUGACCUGACCACGAUGGCAGAGACCCAGAAGCUGGCCGACGAGGCCAACGCGAUCGGGACCUUUGAUGCGGUCAUCCUCAAUGCCGGCAUGUUCCACGGUGACUAUCGCAAGACGCCCGACACCGGCAUGCCGGCUCUGGCGUUCGUCAACGUGAUCGCCCUCUAUUCCCUUAUCUGCCUGCUGAACCGACCCAAGCGUCUGGUCCUCAUCAGUUCUACUCUCCACCAACAGGCACGCACCGACUUGAAAGAUCCCUUCUGGCUGGAGCGGGGCGAACAGGGCUUCCAGGUGUUCCAAGCCUACUGCGACUCCAAGUUCCAUGUCCUUCUGCUGGCCAAGGCCGCAGCGCGGCGGUUCCAGGAUACCUCUGUCACCGCGGUGCACCCCGGCUGGAUUCAGACGAAGAUGGGAGGUGAAGAUGCCACCGAUAACAUGCAGGACGGCAUCGAUACCUAUGUGAUGUUGGCCGAAGGGGAUUACGACCAGAGCUUGACGGGAGUCUACUAUGAGCCCAAGCGCAAGCUGGCAGCAUCUCUUCCGGCUGGUGACGAUGAGAAUUUGCAGGAGCAGAUGGUCAAGGCGUGCGAGGAGAUUACGUCGCUGAAAUUGGAAGCUUAA